UAUUUACAAUUACAAUUUUGUUCGUGCCGUUCGUAGUGAUUCAGAAAUUUGUAUUGAAUUGAUUACCCUCCAUAUAGGUUAAUCAAUAAUCAUUAAUUUCCAUUAUUAUAAUUGUAUUAAAAUUGUAGAAAAUCAAAAUUGGUAUCUAAUUAUUAUUAGGGAUGGCGGCGUUUGAAGAGAUGGGAGUUUUGCCCGAAAUAGGUAAAGCCAUUGAAGAAAUGGAUUGGCUAUUACCUACAGACGUCCAAGCUGAAGCGAUACCUCUAAUACUUGGCGGUGGUGAUGUAUUAAUGGCCGCGGAGACUGGUAGCGGUAAAACGGGAGCAUUCUGUUUACCAGUUAUUCAAAUAGUGUGGGAAACUCUCAAACAAUCCAGUAAACACCAGGGAAUUUUACCAGUCAAAGUGUCUAGUCACGCAGAUCCUUGGGCCAUGAGUGUCUGGGAUCGUUCUUCUGCUGUGGCUGUGACUCCAGAUGGUAUAAAAUGUCAAUCAAGAGAGGUAAAGGAUUGGCAUGGUUGUAGAGCUACUAAAGGCGUUAGAAAUUCGGGAAAAUAUUAUUUUGAAACAACUGUCACCGAUGAAGGUCUAUGUCGAGUCGGAUGGUCAACACCAGGAGCCGUGUUAGAUCUGGGUACAGAUAAAUUUGGUUUUGGUUUUGGUGGAACUGGCAAGAAGUCAAACAAUAAGCAGUUUGAUUCUUAUGGAGAGAGUUUUGGUUUAAAUGAUACCAUCGGCUGUUGGUUGGAUCUAGACAAUUGGACUAUAGGAUUCAGUAAAAAUGGUAAAUAUCUAGGCGACGCAUUUAAAAUACCUGUAAAUCUGAAAACAUCUGCAUUUUAUCCAGCUGUUGUAUUAAAAAAUGCUGAAAUAACAUUUAAUUUUGGUGAAUCAUCAUUGAAAUAUGAAAUUCCCAAAGACUUCUCUCCUAUUAGUAAGGCACCUAGCAAUUGCAUUGAACUUUCUCAGUGUAAUGCUCCAAAAAUAAAUUCAAAUACAAAAAAGCCAAAUAACGCACCAUAUGCAAUAAUUAUUGAACCUUCUAGAGAAUUGGCUGAACAAACUUUUAAUCAAAUUAAAAAGUUUAAAAAAUACCUUAUAGAACCUCAAGUUAAAGAUCUCCUAGUAGUUGGUGGUUUUAGUAUUAAAGAUCAAAUUGCUGCCUUAUCUGCAGGUGUUGAUAUUAUUGUUGCUACACCUGGCCGCCUAGAAGACCUUAUAUCUGGCAGCCAUUUAUCUUUAUCUCAGUGUAGAUUUUAUAUACUAGAUGAAGCCGAUGGAUUAUUAAAACAACGUUAUACAAAGCUCAUAGAAAAUCUCCACGAGAAGAUGCCAAAAGUUUCAAGUGAUGGUAAGAGACUUCAAAUGAUUGUUUGCUCAGCAACACUUCAUGAUUUUGAAGUGAAAAAAUUAGCAUCGCGUCUUAUGCAUUUCCCAACUUGGGUUGAUCUUAAAGGUGAAGAUGCUGUUCCAGAGACUGUACACCAUGUUGUUGUUAAUGUUGAUUCCCAAAAAGAUUCAUCAUGGAUUUCUUUGAAAAAUCACAUACCAACUGAUGGUGUACAUGAUAGAGAUAAUGUAAGAGCUCUUAAUACAUCUGAAGCUUUAUCUCAGGGAAUAAAGCUUUUAAAGGGUGAAUACUGUAUCAAAGCUAUAAACAAAUACAAGAUGGACAAAGCUCUCAUAUUUUGUCGCACUAAACUUGACUGUGAUAAUUUAGAAAAAUACUUCAAACAACUUGGUUCGUUUUAUACUUGUUGUACUCUUCAUGGAUCGCGUAAUGUUAAUGACCGUAGAAUGAAUUUAGAAAAGUUUAAAAAUGGUGCAAUCAAGUUUUUAAUUUGUACUGAUGUAGCAGCUCGUGGAAUUGAUGUUAAUGGGUUACCUUUCAUGAUUAAUAUGACUUUACCUGAUGAUAAAGCUAAUUAUGUACACAGAAUUGGCYGUGUGGGUAGAGCAGAACGUAUGGGAUUGGCCAUUUCAUUUGUGGCAACUACCCCAGAAAAAGUGUGGUAUCAUGGUGAAUGGUGUCCAUCGAGAGGUCAGAGGUGUUCAAAUACUAAUUUAACUUCUAUCAAAGGUUGUUGCAUAUGGUACAAUGAACCCCAAUAUUUAGCUGAAAUUGAAGAUCAUUUAAACAUUACUAUACAACAGGUUGAUUCAGAACUCGACAUUCCGAUGAAUGAAUUUGAUGGAAAAGUCACAUACGGCCAAAAAAAAACAAAUAAAGGACCCAUAUAUAAAAAUCAUUAUGAUCAACUAUUGUCUACUAUCAAUGAACUCACACAAUUAGAAACUAAGGCUCAAUAUUUGUAUUUGCACAUGCUUAAUAAUUAACUGUAACAAUUCGUACAAAGUACA